AUGACGGGACCGCGGGACCUGCCGCCACCGGAGGCCCCCCCCCUCCCAACACCUCCGGUGCCCCCCGACCGGGUCCUCCGGGAUGCGUUGGAACGGGCGGGGGCCGCGCUGGGGGGGGACGGCGGCGUCCGGGAGCUGCUGAGGCGGCGGCGGGACAGCCUGAGCCCCCAUCUCCAAUGGCUCCUGAUCCACCGGCCCGCACCCCCCCUCAUCCAGGAUGGGCCCCAGUGUGGCCUGGUGGCCCUAUGGAUGGCAGCAGCGCUCUUGACCCCCCCCCACAAGCCGGCGCCCCCCCCGGUGGGGCUGGAGGAGGUUUUGGAGGUCGCCCGGGCCCGAGGCUUCACCGUGCAUGGGGAGAUGUUCUCAGGUGGGUUAUGGGGGGCCCCCCCCAUUUAACCCUAUAUCCCCCCAUUUAACCCUAUGUACUCCG